AUGGAUACUUCCAAUUCUCAUGAAAUCAUAGUAAACGAGAUAACACCUCUGUUCCCUGCAGAGGCCUCGAAGAAGCCUAAAACACCUCUUCCCAAACGCCAGUUAGGCAUACUUAUGAUGCUGCAACUUGUGGAACCCAUCGCUUCAACAUCUAUACUCCCCUACAUCAAUCAGCUUAUCAGCGAACUUGGAAUCACUGGGGGCAACGAUGCGGCUGUAGGUUAUUAUGCUGGAAUCAUCGAAUCUCUGUUUUUCGUCGCGCAGGCACUGACGGUACUGAGAUGGACUAGGCUGUCUGACCGUAUUGGGCGUAAGCCGGUGUUGGUAAUUGGGCUCUCAGGUGCUUGCAUUUCGAUGCUGUGUUUCGGCCUCUCAAGGACCUUCUGGAGUCUUGUCAUUAGCCGUUGCAUGUGCGGUUUUCUAAAUGGCAAUGCGGGAGUUAUGAAGACCAUGGUGGGGGAAUUAACGGACUCCUCAAAUAUGGCUCAGGCAUUUGCCUUGUUCCCGAUUGUCUGGUGCAUUGGAGGCUUUAUCGGGUAUGUGAGGCUUCCUUUCAUGGGCGGAAUAUUCGCGCGGCCGCAAGAUCAUUGGCCUGCAUUAUUCGCCAAUCCAUUUUGGGGAAAAUUCCCAUACUUUCUGCCUUGCGCAGUCGCAGCCUGUUGGUUCGUCCUAGCCCUUUUAAUGAUGACAAUCUUUUCAGAAGAAACAUUAUCAACACGGCGUCGACCAAUGGCAUCAGCCACGCUCGGAGAUUCAAGUGGUGAAUCACUGCCUCAACAAUCAAUGGCAUAUACCCCCUUGAAAUCUCUGCUCACGCCUACCGUUGUUGUUCCAAUUGCAAACUACGCUAUGCUCGCUUCUCUCGACGUUGCUUUCGGAGCUCUUUUACCACUGUUCCUUUCAACACCAACCUAUCUUGGCGGCCUUGGAUUUACUCCUUCGUCUAUUGGCUCAUGGCUAGCGUUUUUUGGAGUCAUGGACGGUGUCUUUCAGGCAUUAUUCUUCGCCAAAAUCGUCGAUCGACUUGGUCCAAAGCGUCUAUUCUGUAUGUCAGUGUCAUGCUUCCCGUCAGUCAUAGUCAUGUUUCCGAUAAUGUCAUGGCUUGUAAGCGCAAGGGAGGGAGUUGAUCAUGCAGUCAAGUUUACCUUGCUUUGCCAACUAGUCCUGAUGAUCAUAUGGGGUAUGGCCUUUGGGACUGUCUUCAUGUUUAUUACAGCCUCUGCACCUACUAAUACUGUCCUUGGCGCCAUUCAUGGUCUUGGCCAAACCUCUGCGUCAAUGGCUCGUGCGGUUGGACCUGUCUUGGCGACUUCACUCUUUGCUGUAUCGAAGGAACGCAAUCUUCUUGCGGGAAAUGCAGUAUAUAUCGUUUUGUUUAUACUGGCUGGCGCGUUGAUAUGGUUAGGGUCGCAGUUACCAGAUGAAAUACAAGACAGGAAUGAGUGA